AUGCGCACUGUAGACUGUGUCGGCAUGGAGGCGUUGAACUCGAGUCUUGAGAUGGACGAGAGCACUAUCACACAACAGAUGAUUGACGUGGCGCAUUUUAAGGGAGGCAUGGGCCAACUGGGCGUGUAUAGUUCGCAGGACGAUUCGCCUGGCGCACCGUACGGCAGCGACAUCUCGCCCACGAUUUCCUUCCCCGUCUCGUCCUUCUUCGCCAAGGGCUUGAGUUUCCGAACAGGAGCCGUUGAUCCCAAGCCGUACGCUCCCCAGUUGAUCGACCUUAUCAACAGCGGCAAAGCCCACCCAAGCUUUGUGAUCAGCGCAGUUAUUGGCAUCGAGGACGCACCAGAGUAUUACAAACGCUUCAAUGAAAAGAAGGAAACCAAGGUAGCCAUCCGCUUUCCGGAGUAG